UUCCCUGUAGUGUAUGCGUAAUAACGUUCAGUUUAGAGUUGAAGCUGCUAAAAGGCGUAACGAUGAGCUAAGACUUCGUUGCUGUUAUGCUGGCUCUUGUGGCUACAGUGAAUGUGGCAUGCUCCCACUCUCAAGUUGUCUUGAAGAGGGUGAUGGUUGCUCAAAUGAGGUUCUAGGAGGUCCAAGCACGUGUCUCAACGAGUCCCUAAACUCUGGUGGCCUGUGUGACGUUACCCUCCAUCCUUGCUGCAUUGGGAUAUCAGGUGACUGCAUUAUCACUACAGAGCAGAACUGUACCUUUCAGAAUGGAUACUAUCAUCCAGACAAGGUGACUGGGAAAGGAAAUUAG